CGCUUCUUUCACCGUCUCCGAUUCUGGACUUGACCUUGCCCUGUAAGACUCGGCUCUUGCCUCGGGCAAUUUACUUAAAUACUGCAGUGGUUCACUCUCCGAUAUUACUAGGAAGAGGUUGACCGUUGUAAAUCGUUCCAUACCUUAAAUUGAAAUACAGCUCUCAUCAAUAUCACAUCACACUUGCACGGCUUUCCAACACCCCGCUCUCCAACCACAUAGCGACAUUGUGGUCGCCAAUUUGUCCCAAACAAGCCCUCUUCAUCUUCAAAGAAAGAGACUACUCUGCCCUCUUAUCUCAAGAUGUCGUCAAUUGCAAUCGCUUCAGCCGAGACCUUGUCUUCUCCCCCUCCCGAUCUCCAAGGCGAAGCUGAAUUGGAACACCUCAAGAUCUCCUAUGCUCUUCGCCAGCAGCCCGUUUCCGUAACUCUUGAUGGAAAAACCAUCUUCUUGUCGUCCAUUAUCUUAGUCCUGCUUAUUCACUUCCUUGAUCCGUAUCACGCCGAGUUACUUAUUGCUUCGUUCCCGAUAGUUCUGCUCGUCAACAACGACUACCAGAAUUUCCUCAACCUUGGCCCUGGUGGCACACCCUCCACUUUCAGCGGCUACUUGCGUAUAUCAUGGUUCCGUCUUUGGGCUCUCAGCGACCCGUUUGCGGCCCCAGAGCCUGACCCUAUGCGUCUCCCAACAUCAGGUAUUCUCCGACGCCAGCGUCUCCCAUACCGUGCAGGUCCUCGACCCGUUGUUGCUGGCAUAGCACCCCAAAGACAACUUGAUCAGCAUGGAUCUCGAGCAUGCUACAGAGCUCUCCGUUGGUCCAUGGCCAAGUUGGCGAAUAGAAGCCCAAAAAAGUUUGGCACCGAGAAGUCGUGCAUAGAAAAGCAUGGGUUGGCACUGUUUGCCAGGCACCCAGUACAAACGAAUUGCCAGGGCGAGAUCUGCCAUGUUCAUGACUCAGAUCACUCCAUGCAUAUGUGUUUACACCCGGAUGAUAUCAGGGAGGUGUUAGAAAAAGGCUGGGGUCAGAGGCAUCCACUUGCCUGGAGAAGUCGGUUCCUCAAGAGCCCCGUCUCCCCAGACUUUGUCAUGAUCUAUGCACCACGAGGUAAGGCUUGCUUCUAGGCAAUUGGCCAGAAGCUGCGACCGUAAAUAAUGGGCUGACAAGACUUUCAUUAGACGACGAAGAGCUGCAGGUCAUCUGCAAUAUUAUAGAAGCUGCUAUAUGGUACACUGUCGCCGAAGAACUCGAAAUGGGGAUCUGUCCAAAACCCAUGUAGGCCUACAUUGAGCUUGGCAUAUGGAUGCGAAGGGGGAAAUCGCUCAUAUCGUGAGAAUGAAUCAUUGCCAUGGAUGUGGAUUCUAGUAUCAGAGUUAAUGGGUAUCUUACAACGCAAUAUAAUCUUCUUCCAAUGUCAACAGCGGACGUAGACCUUCUAAUUUGAGUCUCCCUGGUACGUAUCGUC